AUGAGGGCGACGUCGUCUUUUCUCUCGCUCCUUGCACUUCCCUAUGUACUCGCUGUUCCUACCAGUGACCAGACUCUUUUAGGUGGCUCAGAACUAGGCUUGGAUGUCGGCAGUCUGAGCGGAAUAGCGCACUACGUGCAGCAUGCAGUGCACGAUGUGCUAGGGGACAACAGUAUCAAUUCCGAGGUCAACCAGUGGAUAGAAGAUGGGAAGAAGUUUAUUAUGCAGAGCGGUCUUAUCUACGAGCUCGUCUCUCAUCCUGCUUUCGAGCAGUAUCAGUUGAGAAUGAAGGAGCCAAAGCUUUGCGACCCCACAGUGAAGCAGUACUCUGGGUACCUUGAUAUCGCUCAGGACAAGCAUCUAUUCUUCUGGUUCUUCGAAUCCCGCGUCAACCCUGCAGACGCGCCUCUGGUUCUCUGGCUCAACGGCGGACCAGGCUGCUCUUCCUCCACCGGCCUUCUGAUGGAGCUUGGCCCUUGUAACAUCGAUUCUGACGGUCGGAACGUGACGUCCAACAAGCACUCUUGGAACACGCACGCCAACGUUAUCUUCCUCGACCAACCCGUCAACGUUGGGUACUCGUACGCGGACGAGGGCACAAGCGUGAAUACCAGCCCUGUGGCUGGUCAGGAUGUGUAUGCGUUCCUGGAGCUAUUCCUCAGUCGUUUCCCUAAGUAUUCAAAGUUGCCGUUCCACAUCGCGGCGGAGAGCUAUGGCGGAACGUAUGCGCCAAACAUUGCCGCGGUGGUGCACAAAGAGAACCAGGCGCUGGUACGCUCGCACUCCGCCGCCUCUCGGGGCCUUAUGUACAUCAAUCUUGCCUCGGUGAUCCUUGGGAACGGCCUCACAAAUCCGCACGUGCAGAUGGCGAGCGUACCGGACUGGGCAUGCGACGGCCCAUACGCGGUGUACGACGAUCCGGAGGGACCACAGUGCUCCGCCCUAAGAACCAAAGUGCCGACAUGUCAACGUCUCCUCAAAAGCUGUAAUGAUUUCGAGUCUCGUCUGACGUGCGUCCCCGCGCUCUUGUACUGCAACAGCCAGAUUAUGGGGCCGCUUAUGCAGCUCGGCCUCAACCCGUAUGACGUGCGCCGCAAGUGUGAUCGCUCGAAAGACGGUGACCUCUGCUACCCUCAGAUGAGCUGGAUCGAGAUGUGGAUGAACCUGCCGGAGCAGAAAUACGAGCUUGGCGUGAACCCAGCGCAGGAGUUCUCGGCGUGCAACAUGGAAGUCAACCAGGCGUUUGCGCUGCAGGGUGACGGCGCGCACAAUAGCGCGAAACUGCUGCCGGAGCUCGUCGAGAAUGGCAUCCGUCUACUUGUCUACGCCGGAACGGCGGACAUGAUGUGCAAUUUCAUCGGCAACGAACGGUGGGUUGAGCAGCUUGAAUCCAAGUUCCGCGACGAAUUCGCUAGCGCGCAGUCUGUGCCGUGGACCGUUACUGAGACGGGCAAGAUCGGAGGCUUGGUCCGCAGCGCGGGUGGCCAUGGAGCUUCUGCGGGAAACGUAACUUUCGUCGCCGUUCAUGAGGCUGGACACAUGGUUCCAUUUGAUCAGCCGGAGGCCGCCCUCGAUUUGAUCACCAGGUGGAUUAUGGACAUACCGCUCUCACUCAAUACAUCCCUGCAUAUUCCGUGGAGCGGGCUUUAG